AUGGCCACCAAGUCUUACAGCAAGCACAAGGAGUAUAAGGAAUACUCCUCAACCAGAGGCACUGUCCCUUACACUGACGAACAAUUCGAUAUGCUGAAAUCCGAACUAAUUCCUAAGGGUAGCAAGUUGGACUCUCUAGGAAGGAAUGCUGUGGGCACGAGGGAGUAUCACUACGAAUACAAGGAGGAGAAGCUUCCCGCUGGAAAGUAUGAUAGGAAGGACCUGCACACCGUCGAGGAAUACACGAUCCCCCCAAAGACUGCCCCAAAGUCGGAGACCAGCAGUUAUUACUACGAGCGUGAGGAGAGAGAACUACCCUCCAUCACUACUGGCACCAGGACGUACAACUACGAAACUACUGGCUCAUCACCAGGUACUAAUGAUUUGUAUUAA